AUGGAUGACAAAAUAUGUAGAAAGUUCUUUUCUCUAAGAACCUCGAUUUCCGAUAAAUUGGACAAUGAAAAAAAUUAUAAAAUAACUAAUGAACAACCUAUCAAAGAGUAUUGUACUAAUGGCAAAUGUAGUAAUAAUAUCGGAAAAAUUAAUGCUGGAUGUUUAUUUUUGUUUGAUUCACUCUUUAAGGAUUCUUCUGUGUUUUCGUAUUAUACAAAAAAUAACAUCAAUUUUGUUGAUUACAUUAUCAUAUGGUUAAGUAAUAUGUUAAGCCAAAUCGAAGAUAAAGAAAACGACAGUCUAAAAUUUUUUUAUACUACAUAUAUAAAUAAUGAUAAGUAUACAAAUCCUAUAUCUGGUGUUGAAGAUCAUUAUAGUAGUUAUAAGGAUCUUAUAGAUAAAAAAAAUAUCAUGAAUAUGGAUAUGAAAAUUAUAUCUAAAUUAUAUGACGCAUUUAAUACAUUAUGUAUGUUGUAUAUUGAAUUUGAUGAUAAAAGUCCAGAUUGCAACAAAUAUUUGAAAUAUGCUGAUGAAUUUGAUAAAAAAUAUAAAAAACUUAAUAAAGAUCCUAGUAUUACUGUAAACAAUUCAUAUAAUCAACUAUUGUGUACUUUAUCAACUGAUUAUGAUAAUUUUAAAAAGAAAUAUAGUAAUGUUCGAAGUUGCGAAUCUUCACCCCUUCCGACGAUAGAAAAAUGUGUACAAAGUUCUGAACUAACUUCUUCACAAACUUUUGAGGUUGCAUCAUCAAAUUCGUCGAUAACAAACAAAUUAUUUAUAGUUUUAUCAAUAUUUGGUGCAAUAGCAUUUUUUUUAGGAAUUUCUUAUAAGUAUUCGUUAUUUGGAUUUCGGAAGCGAUUUAAAAAACAACAAAUAAGAGAAAAAAUAAAAAAUAUAAAGAAGAAAAUGAAUCAAUAA